UAAAGCGGUGAUUGUAGGAAAUUCGCUGCUAUGACUAAGAAACAAGAGAAAGAGCAAACAAUAAUUUGUGAUUACAGAGUUUCUUUGUGACCCGAUCAAUUAUUUGGACUAGAAAUACUAUUUUGAUUCACUCUGCCAUAGUCUGUAACAAUUUAGCUCUCUGGAAAACUUGACCGGCUUAUGAUUUGUUGUUUGCGGGGUGGGAAUUAUCCCCAUUACCCAGCUAGUUAGCUAGCGAAAGGUGCUAGGCUAACUUGCUAACUAACGUGAAGUGCAGCUGUUCGGCAGUAUUUCACGCAUCAUUUAAACCGAGACUAAUCAUAGUUGACCUGGAACCGAUUUGUCUGCAUCAUGGACAAAGAUGCUUGUGAACAGAAAAAUGAAAGUGAACCCACAGGUGAAUCCAAGCAACAACCACAGGCUGCAUCUCCCUUCAGAUACACAAAGGAAGAGCUUCUUAGGAUAAAAGAGCUUCCAAUCUCCAAUCAAAGGCCUGAUUGUCUCUCAGAGAAAUAUGACAGUGAUGGAGUCUGGGACCCAGAAAAGUGGCAUGCCUCACUGUACCCAACUUCAGAGCGGAGCUCUCCGGUGGAAGGUUUUAAGAAGGACUACAUGGAUGAGAGAGUUCCUCUAAAGCGAAGAAUCCCAGAUCCCCGUGAAAGGUUGAAGGAGGACGACUUGGACGUCGUACUGAGUCCACAGCGGCGUAGUUUUGGAAGUGGAUGUCAAGGCAACGCUCUCCCUGCCGCUCACGUCCGGCGCCCAACCAGUCCUCUUGAAAACAAGGAAAACGAGACCCUGCGCCUCGGAGGACCCCGCAGGAUCGGCAGUGGCCGCAUAAUCCCAGCGCGGGUUUUUGAGAGAGAAGCCCGAGUAGAGAAGGACAGAGAGCGAGAGAGAGACUUUAAAGAUAAAAGAUUCAGGAGAGAUUAUGGUGACAAACGUGUGUUUAGUGAGAGGAGAAGAAAUGACUCGUACGUUGAGGAGGAGCCCGAGUGGUUCUCGGGCGGUCCCACCAGCCAGUCUGAAACCAUUGAACUCACAGGAUUUGAUGACAAGAUCCUGGAAGAUGAUAAACGCAAGUCCAAGAGAUCGAGGAAGCGGGCCGAGCCAAUCAAAGAAGACGUGGAUGUUAAUGGUGGAUUAGUUGAGGACCAAGAUGUGAGUUUACCGUCUACAGCUGAUCAGGAGGUUCCACACCCUGAUGUUCUUCCAGACCAGUCCAGCAGAGACUUUGACUUCAAUGAAUUUUUCAAUCUGGAGAAAACUAUGCCAGGACUGGCCUCUAUGAUAGAGGAUGUUUUGGGGGAGGGCCCCGUGUCAGCGAGUCGCUUCAGUCAGUGGUUUUCCAGUAGUUUAAGCCCAUCAGGCAGUCACUCUAGCAGUUUGAGGUCCACCCCCCACGAGGAGUUGGAAAAACUCGGGCGUCCUGCGUCAUACUUCACACCCAUUCAGCCGUCGGAGUCCAAAGAAAAGGUGGACAUACUGGAGCUGCUGCAAAAGGCCAAAAUAGACCUGAAACCUCUCCUGUCUACCUUAUCCGUCAACAAGGCUCGGCUACGAGAAAGCACUAACUCUGGAGUGGUUUUGUCGCUGGAGGAUGUGGAAGGAGACAUGAAGGGAAUGAAGCUGACCUCAGAAACGCACGUGCAUAAGGCGUCUCCGGUGCAGGGAAACGGCACGCCCUUCAUGGCGGAGCAUUUAGAGGAAGCUUUAACCGGCGGCCCCAGCAGCCGGCCGCGCUCGCGCGACACUGACAUGUCGGCCUUCAACAAACUGGUCAGCAGCAUGAAGGCAAGUGGAACUCUGCCAAGUCACCCCAGACCCAAUACAAACAGUAAACCAGCAGAGCAAGCUGUGAUGCCGCGGUCUGAUCCCCAGCAGCAGAAAAACAUAUUUCAGGAGCUCCUGGGGGGCCACAGAGACCCCUCGCCACCUUUAAGUAGCCUGGUGAGCAGCUCUGACCUUCCAGGGACUGCUGCCCCCCUACAAGGUCUAUUGCACAAAGGCCCCUCGCCACCUCUGUUUCCACAGAGGGCACCGUCUCCCGACUACUUCCCCACCAGAUUGCCGCCUUCUGCAGGUUUCGGCGUCGGCCCUCAGCCCUCUCUACCAGAUCAGUUCUCACAUCUACACGGGUCCAUCAGUCCUGUGCAGCAACAGAUUAGAGCACUGUCUAUGCCUAUAAAUCAAGCGGACCUGGAAGCCCUGACCCUCCACCAGGACCUCGCUCUCCAUGCUCACCACCCCUUCCAGCAAGGUUACAAGCAGUCACAGGACAGAGCUUUUCGAAACAGCAGACCACAGCGUGUGAACCGCUCCCCGGGACCUCCGCCUCCUGCUGGAAGAAACUCUCCUGGAAAUGCCGUCACCAGCAUGUUGUCUCCAUCAUUUACACCCACAUCUGUAAUUCGCAAAAUGUAUGCAACCAAGGAGAAAAACAGGGACGAACCAUCACUACCUUCAGAUGCAAAGGAGGAGACGACAACAUCCUCACAAGAUGGUAGCAGCAGCUCUCCAAAUCCUUUCCUGGAAACAUUGGAUGAAAGUGUUGCUUCAUCAGCAGGGAUGAAGGUCACCUCUCAGCCUCUGCAAAACAAAGACCAAGAGUGUCUCAGGCCUGGUCCUAGUGGCCACCAUACUGUAAACAUGGUCCCCCCAGGGCCGUCUUCAUCCUUCCCUCGUCCGGUCUACCCAGUACCACUGCUGUCCCACGUCCCCAUGGUGCGUCCGCCUCCUCAGCUCCACCCCAACGUGGUCCAGCGAAUGCUGGAACAGGGGAUCCAGCCUCAGCAGCUGGGACCUGCACUUCUGCAAGCAGCCCAACUUCAAGGCUUACCACCUGCACUUCUCGGACAGCCACUGUAUCCUGUGAGUGCAGCGGGGCAUCCACUACUACCUCCCAGAGGCAAUACUCAAAUGCAGCUAGCUGUAAUGCCCCCGCAGCUUCACUCGCAGAGACCAAUGCACCCCAGCAUCCCCGUGUCACACGGCCAGGGGCCUCAAUGGACAAACGGCUCUCAGCGACACAGGGGCAACUCCCCUCUUGGUCUCGCUAAGUGGUUCGGAUCAGACGUCCUUGAACAACCACUGCCUUCCAUGCCGGCCAAAGUCAUCAGUGUAGAUGAAUUGGAGUUCCGGCCAUAGGAACGCUGACUGGAGAAGUGGAGUGGCUCUUCUUUUUUUUUUCUUUUUUUUCUUUCUGCCCAUCUUCACCUCCUGAUUAACUAUAAAAAUGUGAACUUUAUUUUGACAGACGGUGAUCAAGAUGGGACAUUCUGAACAGGCCAUGUUUGUCUUGCAUUUGAAGGGGCAAACGUUGAUUUAUGUUUGAGUUAAAUUUUUUUGUAUUAGACAGUAAUUAAUGUACAGGCCCACUUGUACAGACCACGGGAGAAUAUGUUAUUCUUUAUGUACAUAGCUUUUUUUUUUUUUUUUUUUUGGAGGGGCAGUGGUUACAGCUCUUAACAGUGGUGAAAGUAAAUGACAAGCUAGAAUUUCAAUGUCCACUUAAAUCCUUAAACUUCUCACUUUCCUUUGUUGGAGAAAGGGUCACUGUUGGUGAGAUACGGUAGAUUGAGAUGCACACUCCACCUUUCCUUUGUGGCAUGACCAGUGGCCCUUGAGACACCCUCUUGUGGAUGCAGCAAGCUAGUUUGUGCCUUCCCCUCCAUUUUUUUUUUAUUUUUUUGUUUUUUUUUGGGUACCUGCUCCCCUCUGAAGUGCAUCCUCUCCAAUCUUGUGUGUCACUAGGGGGGGUUGCACUGCUCCAUGUCAUUUUUGAGGGUGGCUGGGGAUCAUUUUGUGUGCUAUUAAGUUAUAAGCACAAAUAGAAUAAAUAAAAUGUUGUGUAAAGCA